AUGCCACGAAAUCGACCUUCAUGGGGUAGAAAAUUCAUCCGGUACUCAUUUAUCCGCUUCAUUGUCUCUGUUGCAUUCUUUUACAUGAUUUUCAUGCUGUGGAUGUCACAGUGGAACAAAGAAUUGCUGACUGUUGUAGAUGAACAAGAACUUGUCAACGUCGAUGUGAGGGAAAUGAUUCGUGGGAAAAUAGUUGAUGUUGCUGGCAAGGAACAACUUGUUGUGGAUGAUUUUGGAGAUUAUGGACCAGGACAGAAGGAUCAGUAUGAGGAUUACAUCCUAGAUUCUAUGAUUCCUGUGGAAAUUAAUGGUGACAUUAAAGACAGAAAUUUUGUGGAUUUAUCACCAAACUUAGUUGGACUGCACAGAAUCCCAAAGCCAACCUUUUCGCCUGAAGUUGUUGCUAUCCACAGAAGACUGAACCUAACAAAUCCAGGACAUAUGGGUGCACCUCUACUGCUCCCACCAAACCUUCCACAAGACAUCCAAAACAUGUUCAACAAAAGCUGGGAAACUUAUCAAAUUAAUGAAUUUGGAUCAACUUUGGUUGCAUUGGACAGAGAACUUCCAGAUAUGAGGACACCAUACUGUAAAAAUAAGACAUACAGUCCUAAUAUGCCAAUGGCAUCGGUCAUUAUGGUGUUUCAUAAUGAAGCUUUAUCGAUGAUUAUGAGGACUGUCUACUCAAUAUUGAACAUGUCUCCGCCAAACUUGCUGAGAGAGAUUGUGCUUGUUGAUGACUGCUCGACUCAUGAAAACCUCCACACAACCCUCGAACAAUCAGUAGCUCAGCUUCCAAAAGUGAAAAUAGUUCGAGCACCACUUCGAGUAGGUCUCAUGAAAGCUAGAAUGUUAGGUGCCGUCAACUCUAAAGGACCAGCUUUGAUAUUUAUGGAUAGCCAUAUGGAAUGUACUCAUGGAUGGCUUGAGCCACUGCUUGACAGACUAGCAAUUAACAAAAACAUUACAGCAAUCAGCAGUGUCGAGACUCUGAACUAUCAAACACUUGAAGUUUACUUUCAUAAAGAUCCAGCAAAUAUUCCAGUUACUGGAUUCGAUUGGAACUUGAUAUUCAACUGGAAGCAGCCACCAGAGUCGGAAAAGAAAAGUCGUGGAAAUCCAAACGAUCCAAUUGUGUCACCGACUAUGCUUGGUGCAUUCUUUGUGAUUGAUAAAGAGUAUUUUGAGAUGUUGGGCAUGUAUGAUCCUGGAUUUGAGAUUUGGGGUGCUGAAAAUUUGGAACUGGCUUUUAAAGUUUGGAUGUGUGGAGGUAGAGUUGAGGUCAUACCUUGCAGUCGAGUUGCUCAUUUGUUCAGGAAGAAGUUUCCGUAUGCGUUUCCUGUUGGCGGGGGUGAAGUGCGUAGAAACACUGAUCGACUAGCUGAGGUGUGGCUCGAUGAAUACAAAAGGUUUUACUACAGAAAAGUUGGCAAUCAUAAAAGAAAUUACGGAGAUAUAACUGAACAGAAAAAGUUGAGGGAAAAGCUGGGCUGCAAGAGCUUCAAAUGGUACUUAGAGAAUGUCUAUCCAGACCAUCAGAUUCCUCAAGAGCUAAGAGAUCCGGUUGUUGUUCAGAAUCUGAAUGUGCAGAACCAAAAUCAAGUUAAUGCUCAAAACCAGCAGCAAAAUGGUGGAAAUCAGCAACAAAAUGGUGGAAAUCAGCAACAAAAUAGUGGAAAUCAGCAACCAAAUGGUGGAAAUCAGCAACAAAAUGGUGGCAAUCAGCAACAAAAUGGUGAAAAUCGGCAACAAAAUGGUGGAAAUCAACAACAAAAUGGUGGAAAUCAACAACAAAAUGGUGGAAAUCAGCAACAAAAUGGUGGAAAUCAGCAACAAAAUGGUGGCAAUCAGCCACAAAAUGGUGGUAAUCAGCAACAAAAAGGUGGAAAUCAACAACAAAAUGGUGGAAAUCAACAACAAAAUGGUGGAAAUCAACAACAAAAUGGUGAAAAUCAGCAACAAAAUGCUGGAAAUCAACAACAAAAUGGUGGAAAUCAGCAAAAAAAUACGAGCAAUCAAAAGGAUUUGCAGAACCAACCGAACGCACAAAAUCAGCAACAGAACCUGCAAAAUACACCGCAACAACAGGUUCAGCAGCAGAAUAUCCAAAAAGUCGAUCACAAUCAAACUGAAAAGCAGCAAGCACCAAAUGCAGCUCCAGUGGACAGCAAUGACCAAAAAGCAGAAGCAAACGUAGCUGAACAGAUGCCUGUGAAUGUGAAUAGCACAAAAACAUAA